AUGACAGAACUGAUACCAAUUGGAACUAUAUUGACUGUAAUUACCCACCAAAUCAUUAAAACUGCCCAGGCUGCGAAUGAUGUCGUGUUUGAAAAAGAGAGUUUUAAAGUUUUAGGAAAGCAUCUUCUUGACAUUGAGCCCGUCUUAAAAGAAUUGCAGUUGAACCAGUUGAAUGAUUCACCAGUUGCAAGGCAAGCUCUGGAAUCUCUUGAAAUUGAUGUCAAAAAAGCCAAUAACCUAGUUGAGAAGUACAAAGAUCGAGCACGUUUCUACUUACUAGUUAAGUGUAGGCACAUUGUCAAGGAAAUACAGGAUGUUACGAGAGAUAUUGGAAGGUCUUUGGCAGCUCUAUCCCUCGUGAAUGUAGAAGUUUUAUCAGGAAUAUCAGACCAGGUGAAUAGGUUACAAACCGAGAUGCAAAGGGCUGAAUUUGAAGCAUCGCAUUCUAGACUUGAAAUUGUUGACAAGUUAAAUCAGGGUCUUUCUGAUCAAACAUUUGACAAGGAGUUUGCGAAUGAUAUGCUUGAGGAAAUAGCUAGGGCGGUUGGGGUUCCAGUCGAGGUCAAAGAGAUAAGUCGAGAGCUAGAGAACUUCAAAAAAGAAAAAGAAGAAGCUGCCAACAGGAAAGAAAGAGCUGAAGUUCUGUUCUUAGAGCAGGUCAUCGAGUUGCUCUCUCGAGCAGAUGCCGCCCGAGAUUAUGAGGAAGUUAGGAACCAGUAUUUCCAAAGACUCAAAGUCAUAGAGCGAUACGACUCCAAAGAAGAAUAUAUUCAGCCAUUUAAAGCUUUCACUUGUCGCAUAACUGAAACUGUGAUGAUCGAUCCUGUUAGCCUCUGCACGGGUACUGCAUGUGAAAGAGCAGCUCUUGAAGACUGGUUCGAGAGUGGGAAAAAAACUGAUCCAGAGACAGGCGAAAUUCUUCAAGAUUCCUCGUACAGGUCAAACAUUCAACUGAGACAGUUAAUCCAGGAGUGGAGGGAACUCAACUAUUGUCUCAAAAUUAGGUCUUGCAAAGCAAAAUUGGAUUUGAAGAUGGACUCAUCUGUUGAAGAGGCUCUGGACCAAAUGAGAGAUCUCAUGAGGGAGAACUCGAUCAACAAAGAGUGGAUUUCUGUUGGCGGACUUACUGAUGUUAUGGUGACUAUGCUUGAUAGCACACUCAAGGAAGCCGUGAAGAUAAAAUUGUUCAAUACCUUGAGGGAUAUUAUAGAAGGUCAUGCUAUAAACAAGGAUAUCUUCAUCAAAAAUCAGGGGAUUGAGAAACUUGUUCCAUGCUUAGGCUUGGACUCAACCAUAUCAGAGGCUGCUGUCGAGUUGCUAUAUGAAGUUUUGCAGGAAAGAUCAGGUUGGAACGUGCCUUAUUGCAGGAUUUUAUCUCAGCAUGAUAAUGCAAUCCCUUUUCUCGUCUCUCUUCUCAAAAGUCCGAUUAGAGCAUUGGCCGAGAAAUCUGAAGAAAUCUUGAUGAAGCUUUGUGAUGAGGAUGAGAACGUUAUUCAAGGUGCUAAAGCGAACUGGUUUACACCUUUAGCUGAUAAAAUCAUUCAAGGAUCAUCAUCUACAAGAAUGUCGAUGGUGAAAGCACUUCUUGGCUUGGAACUUGACGAAGAGAAAAUAAAGCUCCUUGGUGAGGAAGGAAUAAUUCCUCCUCUGCUUGAAAUGGCAUCCAGUAAUAUUGAAUCAAAGAAACUGUCACUAUUUGCACUCGUCAAACUAUCAUCAUUCCAUGACAACAAAAAGCUUAUUGCCGAUGCUGGUGGUGUCCCACUGAUUUUGAAGCUAUUGUUCUCGUCUCACAUGCUCACAAUUAUUACUGCCAAAUGUGCUGAAAUUCUUGCAAACCUUUCUUCUAGUGGUGAUGGAACUAGAUUUCUGGUUGAUGAAACCGGAACUCAACUUGAAUUACAACCUGUCAUUGCCCACUUACUCGCUUUUCAAGAAAAUCUCCACAGAUGUGACAUUGUGCAGAGACCUGCCCUACGAUCCCUUCUCGGAAUUUGUCAAUCCGAAGCCGGACUUGUUAAGUCUGCUGUUCUUUCUGCUAGUGGUGUUUCUGUAAUUCUUCCCCUUCUUGAUGACCCUAACCAGGAAAUACGGGAACUAGCAAUCAAUCUUCUUUUUCUCUUCUCUCAGCAUGAACCAGAGGGAGUCGUUGAAUAUCUUCUUAGGCCUAGAAGGUUGGAAGCUUUAGUUGGAUUUCUCGAGAAUUGUGAUAAAAACGACGUACAAAUGGCUGCAGUUGGUUUAUUAGCCAACCUUCCUAAAUCCGAGACAUUACUUACUGAAAAAUUAAUUGAAUUAGGAGGGUUGAAUGCAAUCAUAAACAUCCUAAGAUCCGGGACCAUGGAAGCAAAGGAAAAUGCUCUAAGUGCACUUUUCAGGUUUACGGAUCCAACAAAUCUUAAGUCUCAGCAUAUAGUAGUCGAACUUGAGGCUUAUCCUUUGCUCAUAGACCUUCUUAAGGUUGAUUCAAUCACGGCAAAUGCCCGAGCAGCAGCUCUAAUAGGCGAUCUUUCGAUGCGCAGUCAAGAACUCAGUUGUGAGUUCAAAGAUCGUGGUUGCUGGUGUAUCUAUAGAGCACGAUUUCCAAUAUGUAAAGCUCACGGGGGUGUGUGUAGUGUGAGGUCUACAUUUUGCCUGUUGGAAGCCAAUGCUCUGCCUGAUUUGAUUCACCUUUUACGGGGAAAAGUACAUGCAACAGCCUAUGAAGCAAUACAGACACUCUCGACUCUGGUUCCGGAAGAGUCUCCUCAGAGAGGAGCCAAUGUCCUGCACGAGAGCAGUGCCAUUGGACCUGUAAUAGAAGUACUAAGCUGGGGAUCAGAGUCCCUAAAAGCGGAAGCGUUGAGCCUUUUGGAAAAAGUCUUUAUGUCAAAGGAGAUGGUCGACUUAUAUGGAUUAAUCGCUAAGUCACCUCUUACGCGACUCACUGGUCGCAGUAUUUACGAGGACGGGCAUCUUCAGAGGAAGGCUUCGCGGGUGUUACUGCUGAUUGAACGUUAUUCCAGAUCGUCCGCAUCUAUUAAUUGGGAAUAA